AUGGUUUACAGUUUCGAGCCAGUCUAUGAAUGCUUUAGGAAGCAAGCCCUGCCUAGUUUCGAAGGGAAAGUCAACCCUAUGGUGGCAAAAGAUUGGCUGAAGUCAGUAGAAGCUAUUUUUGACCACAUGGAGCUGAACGACCAUCAAAGGGUUUCGUGUGCAGCUCACCUACUCAAGAUAGAUGCAAGGUUAUGGUGGGAGGUGGUGAAGGAGACUCAUGACUUGAACACUAUGACCUGGGUAGAUUUUGCUAUAGCAUUUGGCAAAAUGUAUUACAGUACAGCUGUAUUGGCAACCAGGGUGGAUGAGUUUGUGACUUUGGUUCAAGGAAACCUUCCCGUUACUGAUUAUGCUCAAAAGUUUGAAAGGCUGGCCAGGUUUACACAUGAAAUUGUAUCAACUGAGGUCAUGCAGAUCCAAAGGUUUAUGAGGUUACUUAAGCCUAUGAUUGUUAGAAAUGACAAGAUGACCAGUGUUGAGGUGGUUAGUUACGCCGAGGUUUUGGAUAAGGCACUUGAAGCUGAGUAA